CAGAUCCGGAACGAGCUGGAGAAGCAGAUGAACUGCAACCUGAAAGAAUUCAAGGAAUUCAUUGACAAUGAGAUGCUACUCAUCCUGGGGCAGAUGGACAAGCCCUCCCUCAUCUUUGAUCACCUCUACCUGGGCUCUGAAUGGAACGCCUCAAACCUGGAGGAGCUUCAGGGCUCCGGCGUGGACUACAUUUUAAACGUCACCAGGGAGAUCGACAAUUUCUUCCCGGGGUUGUUUGCGUACCACAACAUCCGCGUCUAUGAUGAAGAAACGACCGAUCUUCUCGCCCACUGGAACGAGGCUUACCAUUUUAUCAACAAAGCCAAGAAAAACCACUCCAAGUGUCUGGUUCACUGCAAGAUGGGCGUGAGCCGCUCCGCGUCGACGGUCAUUGCCUACGCCAUGAAGGAGUUUGGAUGGUCCCUGGAGAAAGCCUACAGUUACGUCAGGCAGAAGCGCAGCAUCGCUCGGCCCAACGCCGGGUUCAUGAGGCAGCUGCUGGAAUAUCAGGGUAUCCUGGAUGCCAGCAAACAGCGCCACAACAAGCUCUGGAAACAGCAGCCGGGAGGCGGCCUCCCCCCCAGGGCAGAAAGCCCCGCCGGGCCCAAUGAUCUCCUGCUCGGCAGCCUGGAGGACAUGGACCUGGACCCUCCCGGGCCCCCCAUCUGCGCAGACCGCCGAACGCCCCUCGACUCGGUGGGCAUCCACUACUGCUUACGGCGCCUCUCCAACUCCUUGCUGGCCCCCCGCGAGCCGUGUCUGCAGCUGGAGGACCUGGAGGCAGACGCCAUGCUGGAGGAUGCCGGCUCUGCCGCCAGGGACCUGCUGGGCCAGCUGCAGGCAGGAAUGCCGGAGAUCAGUGCAGACCCCCAGGGCCACCAGAAACCCGAGGCGGUUCCUCGGGUGCCGGUCUCCGAGGAGGAGAAGCCCACCGAACGAUGGAAGCGGCGGUCGCUCCAAGAGGAGGGCAGGCACAACUGCGAGAACCUGAAUAACAACAACAGUAAGAGGAGCUGCCCGGAUGACUUUGAACAUGAAGCCCUGUUCGGGGUCCUCAACAAAGUCAGCCCCCCCUACAAAUCUUGCACUGACUGCAUGUAUCCCUUGGGUGGGUCCCCUCCUGAAGCCUUCGGAGAUGCCCUGGAGGUCCUGCCAGCGGAGCCCCCUUGCCACCGUGCCACCAUCUGCACCCAGCCCUCCUUCCCAGCGUUUCUGGAGCAGGCCUCUUGCAAGUCUCCUCUGAAGGAAUCCCAGGGACCGAGAGCCAACAGUUUGCUCCUGGUGGUUGUGGGAAACGAGGUGCAGGACGUCAGUCCUGAUCGGCCAGCUUCAGGGUGGCCCUGUGGCCCUUCUGAAAAGCCCAGGGAGGCCCCUAAAGCCCCAGGAGGUGCCUCGCUUGGCUCAAGACAGUCUCUCUGUGAGAGAAGCCCAGUCUUCAACCACGGGCUGAAGCAUGACUCUUCUCCAAGAAAAGAUGCCCGGCAGACAAAGGACCUGAAGCACUUGCUCUUCAGCAAAGAUGUGGAGAAGCCAACCACAAACAGUUACCUGAUGCAGCAUCAGGAGUCUCUUCUUCAGCUCCAGAAAGCUGGCUUGGUCCGUAAGCACACGAAGGAACUGGAGCGCCUCAAGGCCCCGCCGUCCGACACAGCCGGGCCGGGCAAGGAGUGUUCCGGAGGCCCAUCCGACGUUGUGACUAUCUUGGAAGAGGAGCCCCAGGAGAUGGUUGUGGUCGGGGGUCAACUGCAGCCCUCAUCUCAGGAUGUCUCGGAGAAGCUCCCAAAGGCCCUUCUUGCUGCUGGAGCCUCCCAGAAGACCUCCACGCCCGUCCCCUCCAAGGUGGACCACAUGAGUACCUUCACAAAGGACUUCCUGAAGACCAUCUCCUACACCCCGUCCUCUUCUCGGAGUUCCAACCUCACUCGGAGUUCCAGCAGUGACAGCAUCCACAGCAUCCACGGGAAGCCCGGGCUGGUGAAACAGCGGACGCAGGAGAUUGAAACCCGGCUGCGACUGGCCGGCUUGACUAUCUCCUCUCCGCUGAAGCGCUCCAACUCUCUGGCCAAGCUGGGCAGCCUCGACCUGGCCUCCGAGGACCUCACGGGCGAGGCGGACCUAUCGCCCUUGACCCGCCCGAGGGAGGCCCUGCCGAGCGAGUCUCCAGCCCUUUGCAGCCUCCUCUCCUGGAGGAACACGGAAGACAGACUGCAGCCCUCGGCAAAGGGGACCCUGGGGAAGCCGAAGCACACCCCCCGGAUGGGAGAAAGCUGA